AUGUUUCUUUGCUUGGCAUUUCUGACUCAAGGGUGGAGCAGGAUUACAAACAUAGGUAUACUCUAUCCCAUGGCCGAAUCAGACAUUGCAAAGGCUUUUCGGCGUUACUGCCACCCAGAUGUGGUUGCUGAGUUCGAUGCCGUGCCAAGCGAAGUUCAGAAGUCUUGGCUUGAUGCAUUCGAGUCCAUUUGCUUCGACCUUUGCACGGCAGCCUUUGCACAUGACUUUGCCCUGCAGGCAAUGCAGCCCCAGUUCGAGAGGGACGUCAGCCCGGCUGAUCCAGCAUGUCCGCUGCACAGGGCUAUGAAUCGGAAGGUGCGGACUGGGGUGGCGUUGUCCGAGCGUCACAUUGUGGAUCUGCGGAGCAACCGGCUGCCUAGCUGGGGAAAGGUCUGCACUCGUGCUGCUUUGGAAGCAAACCAUGCAGAUGCAUUGCGAAGUGAAGCGAGAAACAAGGACAUGGUAGCCAGGAUGCCAGGCCUUAGCACCUUCCGUUCAUCACUCGCAACAACGCAGAAGCCAGUCUUGUCACAAGCGCGAUGGGGAGAUCUUCAGCCAGUGGCUUUCCGGGACCUCCGGCCCUUUGAGGUAGCCCAGGGGAGAGUUCUGCAAUGCACCAUAAUCGCAGAGCCGGCGCCGAUGGUAGGAAUUCUCUUGUUGGCAGAAGACGCGCGCGGCGAGGUGCUGCCGCUCCAGCUCUACAACCAGUUUCCCAACAGCGCAUGCGCCUCGGACAUGUCGGACCAGGCCAAGCGGAAGUUCGCUGUCGGAACAACGCUGAGCAUUGCGGAGCCGUUUUUGAAGAUCAUGAAGGAUGGCAAGAGAGGAAUCCGGGUUGAUGCUGCCAGUGACCUGCGGAUUCGGACCCCUGGACCCGCCAGCAUGUCAUCUCUCAAGGAGGAGGGUAAUGCAUUCAUUGCCCAAAAGCAAUGUGAUGCUGCGCAGCAGUCGUAUCUGGCCGCGCUGGAGCUUCCGGAAGUGGAUGAAGUUGCCACCCUGCUGGCGAACCGUGCGCAAGCCUUGCUGGCGACAGGCUGUCAUAUCCAGGCUUGCCUCGAUGCAGCAGCGGCCCUCAUGCUCAGGCCCGCACAUAGCAAGGCCUGGAUGCGAUACAGGGCAGCUCUUGGCAGUUAUGCUGAAGAGCUCCCAGCAUCGCAGCGAACUGGAGUCUUGGCCGUCUCGCAAAAGUCGGCCAUGACAGGGUGUGCUUCAGGCUCUGGCAAAGUGGUUGCUAGGGACGAUGUGCGGACGGCCUUGAAUGCUCUGCUUUGGGGGUUCCUGGAAAGCGAGGAGCUCUUCUUGUCCCUGGAAAGGUUUUUGCCGGAGUUCUCCGGCGACACUGCUGGGGACAUCAGGGAGCAGGCGAAUGGCUUCUACAAGCAGGGAGGAAACAUGCAAGCAUGUGAGGGCUACACAAUCGCCUUGAGCAAGGUUGCUUGCUCACAGACGGUUGCGGCUGUGCUCUCGAACCUUAGCCACGCUUGUCUGCACAUGCGUGAGUCCCACAGUGCCCUAGCCUUUGCGUCGGCGGCUAGGCGCAUCAACCCCGCAAGCCAGCCGCUGGCCGCGAAAUGUUUCUUCCGCCUUGGGCGCGGUUUGCAUCAACUCGGUGAGAACAGCCUUCUCAGGUGUGGUUCUUGCAAGAGGCCAGCCCCGUCUACGUGGAAGAGGCGCGGAAGCUCACACAGAUGCUGCAGGAGGAUGUGGGGUACAGGGUGCGCUGGUACGCCGGGGACGAUGGGAAGGGUGCCGGGCAAGUCAUCCUUUGCGGCACGCACCCUUAUGAGGAUGCCUUGCCCGAGGUCGUGGUUGAAGGGCUGGAGGUUGUCCAAAUCGAAGGCAAGGGCAGAGGCAUCAAAGCAACCAGGUCAUUCAAGCAUUGUGAGUUGGUUCUUGUGGGAUACGCUCUCGCCGCGGCAGUGGUCGAACAUGACAAGACCUUUGUGA